UCAGUUCGCCUCGUUCGCAGCUCUAGCCACCAUGAUGAUUGUAGAGGAUCGCGAAACGUGAGUUUUUUCCGAAGGAGAUUCGAUUCUGGUUAAGGUGUAAAGCAAUACCAGUAGCAGCUUGAAAAAUCAUUGAAUAAUAGACAAAAAAUCCUUACUGAUUAAUGUGAUACGUUAGAACACAGCCGCAGUUUACUAGCAUUUAUGUGAGAUCAAGAAGAGUGUGCAAAAUCAUUGUCUACGCCGUAGUUAGCUAGUGCAAAGGGAAACUCCCAGAAUUGGUUGCAAAGAUUGCGACCAGCUUCGAGAAAAGUGCCUAAUUACAUCGAUUACUUACCUAAACACCAGUUAAGCUAAAAGCAAGGGUGCGCGGGGGGAUCCAGAGAUCGAUCGAAAUAGUGAAAAAUCCAGUGCGUGUAUGCUGCACCAGUGAAAAAUCUGUUCAAUUGGAUAAAAAGUUCACCUCCUAGCAUUUACGAAAUAUCCACCGUGAAAAAGGAAAUGUUUUAGUGUUGCUGCUGGAAAAGGCAUACAAAAAAGUCGCCUAGUGCGGAGGGGCGAAAGGGGGCAUUCAAAUGUUUGUUCAUCAAUAACUUGUCCGAAAAAAACGAAAGAAAAUUUCUCUUUAAAAUACGUGUUUUGUGUUUAUUUUAAUUUUGUUCAAACACACGACGAUUAUUCUGACUGGAUUAGUCAUUCGGCAGGAUUCACGUAGUGAAGUGAUACGCAGCGGUAAAAACGGCAAGCGACAGAGGGAGGCUGCCUAAGUAACGUAGCCAGGUCACGAUGGAUUCGCUGCGAAAAUGGCUAAAUAAACCGAAGAUUGAUGAUAAAUCUCUGCUAGCGAGGUUCUACCAUGCGGAUCGAGCGCUGACGGCGGUGGCCAGCGAGUUGGACAGCUUCGAUGGUCGUGCAGAACCGGUACGCUGUACCCGGCUGGUCGGGCGGCUUCGACAGGGACAGGACCGCGUGCUGGCCAUCACGAACCAGAUCAUGGACGAACUGCUGGGUGAGGAUCGGGCACCGCGAGCCUUCCGUGCCAAGUUCCCGGAGGAGGUCCUGCAGGAAAGCCUCGCCGGACAGCUGUGGUUCGGUGCGGAAUGCCUAGCCGCCGGCUCGUCGAUUAUGAACCGCGAAGUGGAGAGCGUUACGAUGCGCCCGCUGGCGAAAGCGGUCACCAAGAGUUUGGACAACGUGCGGAACCUGCUGCGGGAGCAGUGCCUGCGGAACAACACACCGAACAGUUUGACGCUCCGGCUGGAUGUGAACGAUGCCGCAACUGAGCAGCUGUAUGAAAGUUUGAAAAUCUUCGAUCGAUUGUUCGCGGAGUUCGAGCUGCUGUACGUCAGUGCGAUGGUACAGGUCAAGUCCAAGCAAGAGUACGAGAUGCAGGAGCUAAUUUGCGUUCUAUUCUCGGAGACGCUUCAGCGAGCGCUGAAGAUCGGUCUACUUGAGCAGGAUCAAGUAGAUGCGUACGAUCCGGCGUUGAUGUUUUCGAUUCCUCGGCUGGCGAUCGUUGCCGGGUUGGUGAUAUUCAAGGAAGGACCGCUGAACAUGGAUCAGCCGGCGGACAAUAUUUCGGAAAUGUUCCGGCCGUUUCGCAAGCUGCUGAUUAAGAUGAGGGAUCUGUUGCGGACGCUUACCAAACACGAGCUGCACCAGCUGGAGAAGCUGCUCUGCACCAACGAGGAAAUCAGCCUGAAAGAACAACUAAUCUGUGAUGAAAAUGGAAAUGAUAACAGCCAGGCUUCGCCGCAGGGAGACGAAGUCGUUAUCGUAACGACUAAUGUUAAUAGUAGUAGUAGUAGUAGUAGAUGUGGUAGAGGUAUUGACGAUGAAGAUGAGGAUGGUAGUUUGUAUGGUGGCCGAACUGUAGAUAGCAGCAAUCAAAUUUUGGAUCGGGUAGAAGACGACACGGCGGUCUCGGAUGAUGGUGAUGACGAUGUGGACGCGGAUGAGGAGGAGGACGGCCUUAAAGAUGGCCUUGUAACGUCGGACUGUGCUUCUGGCUAUCUGAUACCGAACACCAAUUUUGGCAAUCUUUUGCAGACAAACGAAGCGCCUCUGACGGAUAGUUUCAUAGCAACAGACGAAGAGCUUAAGCCGGGAGUUUCUCCCCACGCUCGGAUUGAACAGAUACUGUCGGAAACAAAUCAAAAAGUGAUGGAUUCCGGGCUCGGGACUGCCAACUCUAGUCUGGAUCAUUCACCGGAACUGGACACAGAACGAUCGGUUACACAGAAUAUAAGCGAAACGUCAUCUUCCGAGGAAGGCGAAGUGGAUGAAUAUGACAGACAGGAAGAUGACGACGAAGAAAGCGCUAACUCGCUGAGUAGUACCUAUCGGGUAGGCUCGACAAUGGCGUUGGCGGAUCCGGAAACCAGCGACAAUUCAACGAUAAAAUCGUCCGGUGAAAAACAUCACAGAUAUCGACGACAUCGAGCGGGAAGCAUCCCCAGCGGUCGGAAACACUACUCCAAACAUAAGAAGAAUGCCGAAGCUGGUGGAACGGUGGCAUCUGGUCAUGGUAGUCUAAAGCAUGGAUCUGCUGGCGGCCCGCCAAGGAAUUCUUCCGUAUACUCAAGCUGUGAUACAUCACCAUCAUCGGGCUCGCAAGUCGAAUGUGGUAGCAGCAGUAGCAGUACUGUCACCAGUGGCGAUGGGUCUCAGGAUGUGGCGUUGGCGAUACGGUCAACUGGACGGAUUAAGUUUAAGACCACGGAAAACCUGCUGCACCGUUUGUUUGUUUGCAUUGCUGGUGUUGCCGAUCAGCUGCAGACAAAUUUUGCUGCCGAUCUGCGUCAGAUGCUGAAGAGCGUAUUUGUUAUUAAUUCUUCACCGCCAGAGCCGGAAAUCCCUGCAGAACCAGCGGAAAAUUCGACCGACAAACCGAAGGAGCCAGAUCCGGCGGAAAUGUUUGAGUUUCGAGCUAGCGAGCAGGACGUUAUUACGCCGGGCCAGAAUAGUGGGGGUUCCAGUCAGAGCAUUUAUUCUGCCGAAGAGGUCAAUGUGGAGGACCCGCACGAUUCUGUGUUCGGUUCACCGGGAACAUCACCCGUCAGAGCAGCAUCUGCACCGCGCACAAUGAUGACUACCGCUACGGAGAAUGGAAGUGUAACGGUGAAUGUAUCCGUUUCGGUUGUAACUGGUGGAGGCAGUUCGGCAGCGUCAAGCAGUCGAAACUCGCAGGAAAGAAGCGUUAGUUUGAGUGAGACGUCGAUUGUGGUGGAAGAAAGUGGCGGCGUCAAUACCAAUCUACGCGACAAUCACCGGCGGCAUAGUGCAAUUGGCUCGAAGGGAGAGUACGGCAGAAGCCGAUCCAGUCCAAAUAGUCCACUGAACUUAUCAUCACCGUCUGAAACCCAGCAGCGUCGAAUGCCAGAGGCCCCUCCCCGGUGGAUUCCCGACGGGGAUGCACCCCGUUGUAUGGCCUGUGCUUCCUCGUUUACCCCCUUCCGAAGGCGCCAUCACUGUCGAAACUGCGGAGGUGUGUUCUGCGGUGUUUGCUCCAGCGCCACGGCUCCACUGCCCAAGUACGGACUGACCAAAGCCGUUCGAGUUUGUCGGGAGUGUUUUGUGCGCGAGGUGGGCGCUUGAGAUUCUGCCAGGACGGGUUUUUACGGGCGUGUGACAGAGCAGCCGGCAGUGGAUCUAAUCCUACGCCCGCUGCAACCGUAUGAUUCCUUUAGUCUUAUGUUUUAAGGUGUUUUGUGUUUCUUCUUGAUUGUUUUGCUUACUUGACGAAAGAUUUUUAUACACACACAAGGGAAGUUUUCAUUUUGGACAAUAUUUUAUGUUUUAUCCUAAACUAAACAAAAUAGACUUUUUCCGACGGUUUAUCUUUUCGAUAGUAUUUUCAUUAUGCCAUGUUCGAUUAACACUCACACUAAGUUUCGGUAUAAAUGAAGGUUCGCAGCUGGAGCCAACUUUCUAUCAAUAUGUGCGUGUUGACUAACGAAUUGUGGAAGAUGAAAUGAAUUGUGUUCAACUCUCCUCGCCAAAAACCGGGCAAAUGAAACACGUUUAACCACCAUCUGCUUUCGCAAAUGUCGGCUUCGAAACAGUCCUGUGUCGCAAUUCCAUUCUCUGAUUUCGAGCGUUUCACACACAUUCCCACGUCCAAAUCGUAAUUAAUUGUACAAAAGACUAAAGUAUUGAUUGGCGAAUCCAAAUUUGGCUGAGAUCAACAGCUAUCGGUUGACACCUUUGGUAAGGACUGGAUGAAGCCGGCACGCUAUAGAAACAAUUCUCUUCUUUAGUGUCAUUGAACUAGCGCAAAGUUGAUUUAGUUGAAUGAAUUACAGUUUUUAGUAGUCUACACAGUUAUAAAUAUUUUUAAAGCAAUCCCAUAAACUGUUUUGUUUACUAGAGUUACUAUUUUGUUGCUUAAAUAGCAGAAUUGUGCUAACAAUAUUGAUAUUACGCUAAUAAUUGAUAUGAAAACCGGACAAAAAUUCAACUAUUCGAUCAAAGUGCAUCUACCGCGAAAAAUUUAUUCCAUCAUGCGCCUAUAACACGAGUUAAAAGAGCACGUUUUCUCGCUAAAUCGAAAAGUAAACCAAACCUAUGUAAUUAAACUACCUAAGGAGUUUUUUUACUUUUUUUUCUAAAAAUGUAUAUCUUUAAAGCAAAGAAAAAAGCUAACAAAAAUUAUUAAAAAAAUUGGAGUGAUAUCUUUCUACUAAGUAAAUUGAACGUUUUGAAAACUCGACAGAAAAAUAUGCAUAUACAUUUCCGAGCUCUAAGAAAGCGGUAGGAAAAUAGUUUAAUAAACAAAAAACCUUUGUGAAUAAUGACUAUGAUAUAAGCAAACAUCGUAUCGCUAAGAUUCAUGCUAGUGGUUAGUCGGUUCCAAAUGCUAGAUAAUAAUAAAAACACAAAAAACAAACUGUAACUACAACAUCAACCGCAAACAAAACGGAAAUUAAUUAGCACUCUGACGCGUCUACGGAUUGGCUUGCCGGGGUGGCAUCAAGCGGGCAGGUGGCAGAGAACCGUCCGUGGACGGGAAGGCGAUGAUCAGUCAAAGUUUUAAAUGUUGUGAAAUACAUAAACCAACGUAUAAAGUAAAGGCUAAUCGAGAACAUUC